AUGACGCUGCAACACUUACAGCCCCUCAGAGGUCUGCAAGUCCAGUCACUCCAUCGCCUGGCCAGGCCGUCGUGGAUCUGCCCCAGCUGUCGCCCCAAUGGGCCAUUGUCGCGCCGCUGGAACAGCUCCGCGCAAACCAAGGAGAAGCCCUUCUACGUUACCACGCCCAUCUUCUACGUCAAUGCAGCCCCCCACAUUGGUCAUCUCUACUGCACCGUCCUCGCCGACGUCGUGAAGCGAUGGCAGCAGAUCAACGGCCGCGAAGCCUACUUGUGCACCGGCACUGACGAGCACGGCAUGAAGAUUCAGCGCGCCGCCGCCAAAGAAGGCAUGGAGCCGAAAGCCUUUUGCGAUGUCAAUUCCGAAAAGUUCCGCAGCCUGACGCACGACGCCGAUAUAUCAAACGACUUCUUCAUCCGCACCACCGACGCGGACCACAAAGACGCCGUCGCACAGUUUUGGCUGCAGCUCAAGCACGCGCAGCUCGGCCUCUAUAAAGGCACUCACGAGGGCUGGUACUGCGUCAGCGAUGAGUGCUUCUACCCCGCGGACCUGGUCAGGCCCAGCAUCGUGCCGCAGACGGGCAAGAAGAUCAUGGUCAGCGUCGAGUCGGACAACGAGGUCGAAUGGGUCAAGGAGGAAACGUGGUUCUUCCCACUGACCAAGUACAAGGACGCGCUGCUAAAGUUCUAUGAUGAGAACCCGGACUGGGUCAAGCCGGCGAAUCGCAUGCAAGAGGUGCGCGACUGGGUCGAAAACCACCUCGAGGACCUGUCCGUGACCAGGCCUGUCUCGCGGCUCAACUGGGGCGUAUCGGACCCGGAGGACCCGUCGCAAACUAUUUACGUCUGGGUCGAUGCACUCAUCAACUACAUCACAAAGACGGGCUACGGUAGCAAGUGGCGCAGCCCGACAGAGGACAUGGGCAUAUGGCCGGCCGACCUGCACAUCAUUGGCAAGGACAUCCUGCGGUUCCAUGCCAUUUACUGGCCCGCGCUGCUCCUGGCCCUUGGUCUUCCGCCUGCAAAAGGCAUCCUCUGUCAUAAUCACUGGACCAUGUCGAACCGCAAAAUGUCCAAGUCGCUCGGCAACGUCGUCAACCCCGUCUUUGCCCUACAGCGCUGGGACGUUGAUCCCCUGCGGUACUUUCUGAUGCGCAACGGCAACUUUAGCAAAGAUAUGAGCUACUCCAACGACAUCAUUUCUGCCAUUUACGGAAAGGAGCUGCAGGCCAAUAUUGGCAACCUCUUUUAUAGAAUUGCGAAACCGAAAAGCGCUGCUGGCUGGUCAACCGAGAAAGCCGUCGACGCUAGCAACAGCGGCGCUUUUAAAGAGCUGGAUACAAUCAAAGGCAAAGAGGAAUACGCGCAGUUCUUCUCGCUAGAGUCUGUCCUUGCGCGGGCUCCAGAUGCUUUUUCCAACGAAAUGAAAGACUAUAAUACUAGUGGUGCCAUCCGCGAAGUGUACGAGUUAUUACGAGAAACGAACCGGUUCAUCACCGAUACGCAACCGUGGGUUCUCGCCAAACAGACCCAGCCCCUGUCGCCGGUGCUCCUGAACUGGACUAUCCACCGCAGCGCGGAAGCCCUUCGCAUCGCCGCCAUUCUGCUGCAGCCCAUGAUGCCGGGCAAGAUGAAACGCCUACUCGACGAGAUGGGCGUGCAGCCCACGCGACGCACGGUGGCCUAUGCCAAGCCCGAGGCCGACGACGCCUACGGCACCGCCAACGAGACCAAGUCCAACCACGACCGCGCCAACAAGCACCUGACGCUCUUCCCGCCCAUGGCCAGCGGCGAUGUCUCGGACGCAGAGGUGCUCCAGCAGCUCCAGGCGUAUUUGGGAGCGAAGGCGGCCAAGUCCAAGAUGAACCAGAUGGUGGAACUGUUGGCCAUGGAGGCCAGGAUGGGCGAGGCGCAGGUUGCCAAGCUGCUCGAGACGGACCUCCCCAUGGAGCAGACGCCACCGAAUGACCCCAACUAA